GGACCUGAGAUUUGAACAUCUUACGUGUCAUUCCCAGAGUUUCAAUCCUCCUUUAAGACUAUCAGGAGAUAAAACACACCGCUGCUGUGUCCGGUCACGUUAUUGAUGAGUUGUGGUUGCCCUGGUAACGGUUGCAAACCACAGAAGCAAUGAAGGCUUUGAUAUUAGUGGGUGGGUAUGGGACCCGGCUGCGACCGCUCACCCUGAGCGUCCCGAAACCGCUGGUGGACUUCUGCAACAAACCCAUCCUGCUGCACCAGGUGGAGGCGCUGGUCAAGGCUGGAGUGGAUCACGUGGUUCUGGCGGUGAGCUACAUGUCGGAGCUGCUGGAGAGAGAGAUGAGAGUUCAGGAGGAGAGACUUGGGAUUCGUAUCUCUUUGUCUCAUGAGAAGGAGCCUCUUGGAACAGCGGGACCCCUGGCGUUGGCUCGAGAGCUGCUGAACAUCGACAACGAGCCGUUCUUCGUCCUCAACUCGGACGUCAUCUGUGAUUUUCCCUUCAAAGACCUGCUGCAGUUUCACCGCAACCACGGCAAGGAGGGAACCAUCGUGGUGACACGGGUGGAGGAGCCCUCGAAGUACGGCGUGGUGGUGUUUGAGACGGAGAGCGGCAGGAUCCACCGCUUCGUCGAGAAACCGCAGGUCUUCGUCUCCAACAAGAUCAACGCCGGCAUGUACAUCUUCAAUCCCAGCAUGCUCAGCAGGAUCCAGCUGAGACCAACAUCCAUAGAGAAAGAGAUAUUUCCCGUCAUGGCACAGGAGGGACAUCUGUACGCGAUGGAGCUACAAGGUUUCUGGAUGGACAUCGGUCAGCCUAAAGACUUCCUGACAGGCAUGUGUAUGUACCUUCAGUCAGUACGGCAACACGCCCCCGAGAGGCUACGCACUGGACCCGGUUUCCUUGGCAACGUUCUGGUGGAUCCGACGGCUCAGAUCGGGGAGAACUGCACCAUCGGCCCUAACGUGACCAUCGGUGCCGGCGUGGUCGUUGAGGACGGUGUGAGGAUAAAACGAUGCACGGUGCUGAAGGGAGCGCGGGUUCGAUCGCACUCCUGGCUGGAGAGCUGCAUCGUUGGCUGGAGCUCCUCUGUCGGCCAGUGGGUGAGUAAAGGACGAUGUCACCAAAACUCACUGGAUACUGGAUGUGUCGAUACUUGUUCUGAUUGUUGUCUCCUGGUUAAUGUGUGUCCUCAGGUUCGUAUGGAGAAUGUGACGGUGUUGGGAGAGGAUGUGAUCGUGAAUGAUGAGCUUUAUCUGAACGGAGCCAACGUGUUGCCUCACAAAUCCAUCAACGAGUCGGUCCCGGAGCCACGAAUCAUCAUGUAGCAUCGGACUGAGGAGAAAAGCCCAACGCCUUUUAAUACGAACUCAAAUAACACCCAUUAUGUGCCAGAGAAAAAGAAAAAGAGAAAGAGAGAGAGAGGGAUGAACACAUGGGUGGAAGCGAGGAGAGGAAAAGGAACAAAAGAAGGGUUUUUGUUUGUUUGUUUUUUUUAUUAAUUUGGACUCGUUUUUAGCCCUGCUUGGCUGCACCUUUCAUGAAUCAGAAACGAUGGGGGUUAGGUGGCGUUCACAUGUGAUCUGGCCCAUCAGGAAGGUUUAAAAUUGUUAAAGCUCUUACAGUCCUGAAUGUGAUGGAUGUUAUAUACGUGUGAACACUGCAUGAAUAGAGAAAAGGUGAGGGAGUGGGCUGGUUGAUUAUCACAUGGUGCUGGGGACUGAGUGUGUUUAAGGGAGGCGGAGUUAGAGAGCGACAUGAACACUGCUGUUUAGAUUCACUAUGCAUUUACAUUUUCUCUACAGCAGCAGAGUAUCAGUGAAUAGAUCUUUUUAAAGGAUUAAACUACAUCUAUAUGUUUCUCUGUUGUAGCAGAAACUGGAGUAUUGACUGACACAGAUUUCUAAGCUGACGCAUAAAACAAAAUGCAGUAUUGAUUAUAGUUAACGCUGGAGUCAUUGAUUAAUUUUGGCCACUUGGGGGCAGCAGAACAAGCUUUAAACACAACAUCUGACUGAUUGUCACCAUAUAAAGUAGUUAAGGUGAACAUUUCAGCAAAGAGUCGUUUCUCCAGCAGACACAGAGGACCAUUAUCAUCUCAUCUGAGUCAAUCUAAUCAUUGUUUAGCAACUUUAAUCAGUGAUAGAGUAGAGGUUGAUUAUGUCUCGAUGCCUUGGUAAACUCAACAGCUUUUUCUGUUUUCUUUUUUUUUUUCUGUUUAGCAUGAGAUCCGUGCGCUUUAAUGCCAAACUGGUUACUGGUCUGUGAAAAGUGAACAAAAUGUAACAAGCUUUUUAUAAAAAGCUGCAGAUUAUGUAGAACGUUUACAGAUAAUUGAGUCACAUUGUUAGACUGCACCUGGGAUAUUCUACUUAAAGAUAAUAUAUUUGUUUACCAUGUUUUUCCUUUGUUUGAAUGUUUCUGAAAAUCUUGUUUCUGCCAGGUGCGGUGAGAGGAGAAACAGGUUGGAAAUUAAUUUUUUCUUUAUCACUAGUGGGGCUAAAAAUGCUCUUUUGGGACACUAGAUUUAAUGUUGUUACUUAGCUUUUAUCUUCAUAAGGUGGCUGUUUGAGAACAUUUCAGAUUUCUUAAUGCCGUCAAACUUCGCACAACUUUCAUCAGUCUCAGCUGUAAUUCAGUUAGCUCAUGCUAGCAUCUUUAAAACACUGCACUUGGAUAUUAACAUGCUAAUGUUAUAAUGUAACAUUAAGCUUGUUAGCCUGCUAACAUACUAAUUUUAGCAUUUCCCCAUUCACUGCAGAGACUCAAACACAAUUGGCUGUGAUUAAAAAGUUGAUUCCUUAUUGACGGUUUUACCCUCAAGGUCCAUUAUAAGAUGAACUUUCAUUUAGGUAUCUGUGUCAAGUUCCUAAAGUGCUCCGAUAAAUAUUAACAUCUAUAGUUCAUGACAACUCGGAAAACUCUAACAAACAGCUGCUGAUGGAUCUAGUGAUGAGGUUGUUUGUCAGCUUUGUUCUUAGGGAGAAUCCAGUGACUCGAGGUCAGGGGUUGAAGUUCAUCACUGAAAGUCUAUAAUAAACAAUUAGCAUGUUAGCAUGCUGCUAGCAUUCAGACUGUUGGGAAUUCACCCUUUACUUUUAGAAAUAUCCUGUCAUGAACGGACAGAUGAGACGAAACGUUGUCUUCCACCUUCAGUGUCAAUAUUCACCCUCAGGGGACCAUUAAUGUCUGAACCAAAUUUCAUGGCAGUCCUUUUGAAAGUUGAUAAAACAUCUCACUUUUCACCAAAGAGUUGAGGACCAACAGACUCACUGACAGACCAGCGUUGUUGAAUUUAGCAUCAAACAUUUGGAAUCAGGUGUAUUAAGAUAUGAAGAAGAGUUUAAUCAAAACAGGUUCAAAUGGAGAUGAAUUAGCUCUGCCCCUAGAUUAGUUUCUUUAUUGUUGUUAAAUGAGUCCUUUUAAUGUGCAAUUGAAGGUUUAUAGGUCUCGUUUCCACAGUCGUCCAUGGUUUUUUUUUCAGUUCAGAAGUACAGAGGUUAGUAAUAAUAUGUCUUCUACAUGAUGUCAGAUGUCUGUCUGUCUGUCCAGAUACUCAACAACACUGAUCUCUGAACUGAGUGCAGUCGCUCCUUGUUGUUAUGCAGUUAGUGACAAACAGUAUCCAGAAAGCUGAGCAUAUAAAGACUUAAACUGUCUGAAUGAAUGAAGUCAACUCUUGUAAUGAAGUCUUUUUUUAAAGAGAAUAAUAUACUGACCACAUCCAC